AUGGCCGCCGGCACCGCCCAGGGCGCCGUGGACUCGCUUUUGGGCCGGCUCUCGUCGGUGCUCAUGGAGGAGGCUCAGCUGCUGCGCGGCGUCCGCGGCGACGUCGAGUUCAUCAAGGACGAGAUGGAGAGCAUGAACGGCUUCCUCCUCGACGUCGCCGCCGCCGACCGCCCCAACCACCAGGUCCGGGCUUGGGCCAAGCAGGUCAAGGAGCUCGCCUUCGACUCCCAGAACUGCAUCGACCGCUACGUCCAGUGCGUCUCCGACGUCCCCGGCUCCGGCGCCGGCGCCCGGGCGCGCGACCUGGGCGAGAGGCGGCGCCGCUACGACGUCACCGUCCCGCACGUCGCCGCGCCCGUCGCCACCGGCGGUGCCAACACCCCGGAGGAUGAACGAGAGGACGCGCGGCGGCGAGCUCUGGCGAACGCCACGGAGUUCCUUGACGAGGACGUCCGGGAGGUGAUCAGCUGGCUGGCCGUAGAGCUUCCCCUCGGCCAUCCGCAGCGGCGGCUCUGGGCCAUCGCCAUCGUGAGGAGGCAGUACCAGGAAGACGAGUACCCUCUCACGAGGAAGGUGUACGAGCACCCGUCGCUGUCGAGCUGCUUCCAUCUCAAGGCCUGGAUCAAUGGCGUCGACAAGUACAUGAAGCGCAAGGAGACGCUCCAGUGCAUACUGGACCAGCUUCCCGCACCGGAUGAUAAUGGAAUAGCAGCAGAUGGCGACAUGAACGAGGAGGCACGAUUGGUGAAGGAGCUCAAGGAUCGUCUCAAGGGCAAAAGGUUCUUGAUUGUCGCCGCUAAUGAUGCAUAUGGAAAGGUGCGGACAGAGAUCGAAUCUGCUGUUCAUGAUUUGUCUGUUGGCGGCGGCGAUGGCGAUUCCCCUGCAUCAGCUGGAAGUGCCAUCAUUGUGACGACAUGGUUCCCGCCUCGCGAACCAUCGUCCGAUCUCUACAAGAUCAAGAACUAUCUGAACAUUGAUGCUCUCUUCCACGAGAAAGCUGUGGCGCUGGUUGGUGACUGCUGCGACAGCGAUCUGCAGGAGAUCAUAAGGAAGAUCUUGACGAAGCGCGGCGGGAACUUCUUCUCCAUGGAGAUGUUCCUCCGUGCUCUCUAUGUCAACCCUAAAAGACCCAGAGAGCAGCUGCAGAUUUUGCUGGACAGCAUGACAUUUGGAAGCAUCAUUGCUACACACAUGAUACUCUUCUGCUACAAUGACCUGCCAAGCCACUACAAGAGCUGCCUGCUGUACCUGUCCAUCCUUUUUGAGAGGAUGUAUCUACCGUCCAGCUCUCCACAGGAUUUCAGAGUCAAGAGGACAAGCAUAGUAAGGCGGUGGGCAGCUGAAAACCUCAUCACCAGAAGAGAUGGGCUGGUUGCGACUGAUGAAGCCGAACGCUGUUUCGAUGAGCUUGUGGCCCAUGGUCUGGUUCGUCCUGUCGACAUUGGUGCUUCAGGCAAAGUGAAAACCUGCACGGUGCAUCAUCGUGUUCUGUCAUUCAUUACCAAGAUGGCCAGAGAUGAGGGCUUGGUUGACACUGACCUGCCUCCUGACUUGGCUUGCCGCCUUUCAAUCGGCAAUGGAAUCAGGCUGCAACAACUCCAGCACCACCAAAUGAAGCAUGUAAAGGGUGCUGAACAAUUCACUGGCUGCUGUUGGGGCAGCAUCCAUGAGCGUCCCAUUCCCGUAGAAGGUUCGGAGGAUUCUAGGUGUUCCAUGGACAUGGAUUACACGGAAGCAUUUCUCCAGUCGCUGCAAGCAUCUCCUCCGUUAGGAUUGGUGGAAGUGCUGGACCUAGAAGGAUUCAAAGGGUUGAAGAAACAGCACCUCAAGGACAUCUGCGACAAGGUAUAUCAGCUCAAGUACCUGAGUAUAAGGAACACCGAUAUCACCGAGCUCCCAAAGGACAUUGAGAAGCUCAGAUACUUGGAGACACUUGACAUCAGGCAAACCAAGAUACGGACAUUGACCUCAAAAGCCGUCGUCCUACCAAAGCUAAUGCAUCUGCUCGCUGGCAAUAUUGAACAACAAAGAGAUGAUUCUGCCACCAGGUCAGGGGGCAGAUCAUUUUCCACUGUGCAUAUACCACCUGGAAUUGGGAGCAUGACAGAUUUGCAGAUCUUGUGCCAUGUUGAAGUCUCCAACAGUGCUGAUGAGUUGAUGGAGGUUGGACGGCUGCAGCAACUACGGAAACUGGGUGUAGUUCUCCGUGGCAAGGAAGCUCGUCUCGGUCAUUUUCUGCGAGUAAUUGAGAGGUUGAAUGAAUGUCUCUGCUCUCUGUCGCUCCAAAUCGAGCUGACUAGCAGCAGUGAUACUCCUGAUCUGAACAUGGAGAAGACUGCAUUCUCGCCCCCGAAAUUUCUCGAGAGCCUAACCAUCAACGGCAACAUAACUGGGCUGCCUAGGUGGAUCAAGGAGCUUCGUCAGCUUUCCAAGAUAACUCUAUGUGGCACCUCCCUGAUGGACAAUGCUAUCCGGACUCUCGGUGAGCUCACUGCUUUGCGCUGCCUCAGACUAUGGCACAAGUCAUACAUAGAAAUGAGGCUCACCUUUAAGGAUGACGAGUUCCAGAAUCUCAAGUAUUUUCUUGUUGAGGGAUCAGACAUCACCGCCAUCCAUUUCGAGAAUGGAGCUGCUCCUAAGCUUGAGAAGAUAGUUUGGGCUUUCACGCAAUUGCUCUCUCUUUCCGGAGUCAAAAACCUUCCAGGUCUGAAGGAGAUUGAGUUAAAUGGUGACUGCGAUCCUUAUCUGAUCAUACAGGAGAUGGCAGCACAUCCAAAUCAUCCUGUUGUCAUACAAUGCCAAUCUGUGAGGUUCUGA